AAGCCAAGGCCCGGGCCUCUCAAGGGAGAAAAAUCGAUCAAUACUAAAUCCCCAUGUUAGCAUCUUGAUGGCAUAGCAUCAGUCGCUGACUGUGAGGACUAAAUUGCCCAUCUCAAGAACGUCCAAGCCGGCGCAUUCCACUCAACGAGAACAUCCCUCCUUUUUUAAAAUUCUCCUCUCUUCCCUCUUCUUGCUCCUAUUCUCCUUCCAUCGGGUUUGUGUCGGGAUUCGGAAUCGGAAACGGAAUGGGGAGCUCGGAAGACUGCCUGAGGAAGAACAACCCUCAUCAACAGCAGCACACAACCAAGUUCAAGCUCAAGAUCUUAUUGCUUGUCAUCCUCACAAACCUCCUCACAAUCUACAUCUUCACUAGCCCUUCAAGCUUCCACUUGGACCGUGACCUCUCCCACUACACCAACCACUUUUCCCUCCCCCUCCCCUGGCCCAACACCACCGCCCUCUCUAUCGAGCUCCGCUCCACCCAGGCCCAGCUCGCCGCCACCCGCUCCCAGCUCGCCGAGCUCCACCAGAGGCUCCAUGCCAUCGGCGGCAUCCUGGCCAAGCACCAGGAUGUGGAGGACGGGCCAAGUGAUGAGUUUGCUGCCCUGGCGGGCCUGCCCGACGAGGUGAAGCUCUCUCUAGGCCCGCACGCGCUCCCGCUGGGCUACUCCCCGAGGUCGGGGUCCGACACCAUCUACCCUUCCGUGGGCGCCGCUUGCUUGAGGUACAAGGAUGAUCUGGUCCAGUACAUGAAGUAUGAGGUUGGAGGGGAAUGCCCGGUCGAUGAUGUGUUCGCACAGCGGCUUCUUCUCAAGGGCUGUGAGCCUCUCCCUCGGAGGAGAUGCCGCCCAAGGUCCCCCAAGGGGUACGUGGACCCGGCACCGUACCCGGAAUGCCUGUGGCAGGUGCCGCCCGACCCAAGCAUCAUAUGGGAGCCAUACAAUUGCAAGAACUACAGGUGCCUUGUGGACCGGAAAAACCAACCCGGCUUCUUCGACUGCAAGGACUGCUUCGACCUGAAUGGGAGGGAGAAGGCCCGGUGGCUCUUUGAUAAUGGGAAUCUCGACUACAGCAUCGAAUAUGUGCUUAAGACGAAACUGCCUGACACGAUCAGAAUCGGGCUUGACAUUGGGGGCGGGUCCGGGACUUUUGCAGCCAGGAUGCGGGAAAGGAACGUUACCAUCAUCACGACCUCGAUGAACCUCGAUGGUCCCUUCAAUAGCUUCAUAGCAUCCAGGGGAUUGAUCCCGAUGCAUAUGAGUGUCUCGCAGAGGCUCCCAUUCUUCGAAAACACACUUGACAUCGUCCACUCGAUGCACGUGCUGAGCAAUUGGGUUCCCGACACUAUGCUCGAGUUCACAUUCUAUGAUGUCUACCGGGUCCUGAGGCCUGGUGGGCUGCUCUGGCUCGACCGUUUCUUCUGCAAGGGCCCACAGCUGAACCAGACUUACGUGCCGAUGAUAGAUCGGGUCGGAUUUAAGAAGAUUCGGUGGAAUGCCGGGAUGAAAUUAGACAAGAAUAAGAAUGAAUGGUACUUCUCUGCAUUGCUGGAGAAGCCAAUGUCUUGAAAGUACUUUUUCUCUUCAUUUUUCAUGCUAGCAACAGAAGUGAUGUUGUAAAAGGAUGUAACAGACGUUUUGCAGCUUUGAUACAAUAUGCAUUCGAUUAUCGAACACCGCCCAGAAUAUCUAGGCAGGUAGGUUGCACUAAGAGAGGAUUCUAGGC